GACCGUCAGUUCAGUUCUAUGUCUAGUACAGGAUGCCGAUCAGUUGCUUGUGCAGCGGCUAUUAAACGGGUGAUCGAUCUCUCUAAACGUUUCUCGCGCUACCGUACGGCUUGGCCCUCGGCUGUCUAGAUCGGAUUACAUCAAAACCUCGGUUCCAUUCAUGCCGAUUUUUUUUGGCUGUUGAUAACCUGCUAUCCAGUCUCCAGUUUUUCUGUACGCGUUCCAGACUUGAUUUUUUCGACUGACUUCAAAAUUUCUUCUCCGACGUUUUGCGCCGGGGCUGCAGUAACGUUUUUGUGUCUUCCAAUCAACGCCAUGUCGUCACCUUCAACAGAACCAACUAAAUCGACUGUCGAUGAAUUGUCGGAAUCAGCUGCUUCGUCCGCCUCUCCCGCACCUGUAGAGGCCGCAUCAGGCCCCACUGGAGAAAGCACAGGUCAAUUACCGUCAGAAGUCGCUGGCGAAGCUGGCGAAACAGCCGACACUGCUGGCGUUGACGAAACUGGCAAAACCGCGGAAGCUAGCGAAGCUGGCGGAAUCACGAAAGCUAGCGAAGCUGGCGAAAGCGAGAAAGCUGGAGAAGCUGGCGACAGCGAGCAAGCCGGGGGGGCGGAAGGGGCGGAAGGGGCGGAUGAAGAGGAGGAAUACCACAGCGAUCUAGAGGAUGACGUGGCGUUGGUCCCGAGACGACGUGGCGCUAGUGAUGAUGAGGGGGAAGAGGGAGAGGAGGACGAAGAGGAAGGAUCCCUAGGCGGGGAGGGGGAAGGAGGAGACGAGUACGAAGAGGCUUACGAAGAGGUGGAAGACGCGGAGGGGCUAGAUGACGCGGCUGGCGGUUAUGCGGAGGAGGAUGCCGGUCUCGGCGCGGCUGACGUGGCAAGUUCUGACGGGGAGAUGCCAGGGAUUGCUGUCGCGGCGGCAGCGGUGGGGAACGGUCCAGAGGCGGGCAAGGAAAUCGGCGCGGAGGUGGUAGACCGGGCAGGGGGGGAGUCCGCGGGGGAGGGCGCGGAAGCGGAGACUGGAGCGGAUGGGCAGGAGGGAGCAGCGGAAGGGGCUUCCGCGGAAGGGGUUUCCGCGGAAGGGGGUGCUGCGGCGGAGGGCGGUGAGGGGGAAGCGGAUGCGGCGGAAGGGGUGGGGGAAGAGGAGGUUAAGAAGGAAGCGGAGCCGUUUGUGGUCCCCACCUCCGGCGCGUUCUAUAUGCACGAUGACCGCUUCGGUGAAGGCCAAGGGGGAGGACGGUCCAGGGGGAGGGGCGGGCGGCGGCUGUGGGACUCGGGGCGGGAGGAGAAGAAGUGGAAGCACGAUCUGUUCGAGGAGCUGGAGCAGGAGGAGAGCAACGGGUUCAGGGAGCACGGCGGGUGGGAGCAGCAGCAGCAGCAGCAGCAGGGAUUCUCGGGGCGCGGCCGUCGCGGCAGGAGGGGAGGCAGGGGCGGGUUCUUUGGCGCAGAAGGGGGAGGAUGGCCCAGGGGAGGGGGAGGAGGGAGAGGGCGUGGCCGCGGAAGGGGUGGAUACGGUGCUGGUGACCAGUUCUUUUCUUCUCCACAGCAAGCAGAGGGUGCAGCAGGGGCAGCAGGAGCAGCAGGAGGGGCAGGCGCUGCUGCUGCUGCUGCUGCUGCUGCUGCUGCUGCUGCUGCUGGUUCCAGCCCUUGGCACGGCGUCAUGGGGUCGGCACCAGCAACUGCACCUAUCCCCGCUACCGGCGUUCUCGCCAGCUCUCCCUAUGCGCCAUCUGCACCAGCAGCAACAGGAGGAGCCGGGGCAACAGCAGGGGCAGCUGGCGCAGCGGGCAUGGUUUCAACCGUGACACAUGAUAUAGAGGGUAUUGCAGUGUCCUCUUCCGGUCCUGCUGCUGCUGCUGCUGCCGCCGGGGGGAGAACGGAUGGUGGGGUUGAUUCUGGUAGCAUUGCAGUAGGGGGAGGAGGAGGAGCAGGAGGGGCGGCGGCAGCAACACCAGCAGCUGCUACAGCAGCAGCUGCCGCCGCCCCUGUCACUGGCUCGGCAUCUGUAGCCGUCCCUGGAAGUUCAACUGGUCUUCUUCAACCAGGUACCGCUGCUGCUACCGCUGCCGCUCCUCCCGUUACAGCUGCUACAGCUGCUGCUGCUGCAGCAGCAGCAGCAGCAGCUCUCGCCCCCUCCACUGCUAUAGGCUGGGGUGAUCCCCCCUACCAAGCUCCAUAUCCAGGCACAGCGGCAGGAACGGGCGGGGUUGGAGGGGUAGGAGUAGGAGCAGGAGUGGCAGGAGAAAGAGCAACAGGUGUGGUAGUUUCAGGAGGUGGUAGGGACCAGCAGCAACUCAACUGGCAGCAGCAGCAGCUGGCGCAGCAGAAUCAGCAGCAGCAGAGUCAGCAGCAGCAGCAGCAGAAGAAGCUGACAGCAGUUGGGGUGCGUGAUUUUGUCCCAGCGAGUCAACAGCAGCAGCAGCAGGCGUACAAGAGUCAGCAGCAGCGACCGCAGCAGCAGUAUUACCAGCAGCAGCAGCAACCACAGCCUUACUACCAGCAGCAGCACUACCAGCAGCAACAGCAGCAGCAGCAGCAGCACUACCAGCAGCAUCAGCAGCAUUACCACCAGCAGCAGGCACGGUGGCAGCAGGCUCAACCACAGGUCGCUUCUGCUGCAGGCGGGACGGAUUUGGGGGGAGGUACAUUUGGGGGAGGCUCUAUCCAGGCAGGACCAGCUCAGGGGGCGGAGGGAUCUGGAGGGAAGGAUAGAGGAGAGGGAGUUGCAGGGGCAGGUGGGGCAGCAGCAGUGGCAGCAGGUGCAGGGCUUGGCACAUGGAAUGGGUCUGGGCCUGGUUAUGGGGAGAAAGGAGGCGCAGCAGCAGGAGAAGAGGGAUCAGCAUCAGCAACAGGAGCAGCAGCAGGAGGAGGGGGAGGAGGAGGAGGCGGAGAAGGAGCAGCAGUGGUGCCGGCAGCGGCUGCAGAGGCUGCAGGCGCAGCAGCGCAGGCAGGAGCGCAGGCAGCAGCAGUGGGAUACGGCAGUCAGGCUGGUUCUGGGGCGGGUGGAUUAGAUAUGCCUGCAGAUAUGGAUCAAACGGCCGGGAUGGGAGCAGGAAUGGGUGCGGGGAUGGGAGGAGGGAUGGGUGCGGGGAUGGGUGGGGGGAUGAUGGUUCUUGGGAUGGAUGGAUCUACAAUGCAUAUGGAUGGCGGUGUGACUAUGGCAGGAGGGGCAAUGGGAGGGGCGGCAGGGAGUGCAAUGCGCGUGAGUGCCCCGGAUUACACCCCCAAGGCGUUUCAGUAUGGGCAGCAGCCGGGAGGGGCGGCGGCAGCGGCGGCGGCAGCUGCGGCUAUGGGCAUGGCUAUGCCGGCGUAUUCCAUGGGGCAGGCGCCGCACUACGCGUAUGCGAGCACGGAGGUCACUUGGGUGCCUGUGCUGACGCCAGGAGGCGUGGGCGCAGCGCAGCUAGCAGCGGGGGGCUACGGCCAGCCGUUCAUUGCAGCUGUGGACCCCUCCAACCCCACCGCGGCUCUCUACUACGCACCUGCUUCUGCCGCGGGCCAGCAGGCUGCCGUCUACGCUGCUGGGGGCAGUGCGCCUGUUGACAUCACUGCUUCCAUUGCCUCGGCGGCUGCUCUAUGGAAACCACCACAGCAGCAGCAGCUCCCAUCCGCAACAGUGACAGAAGUGACUGGAAACGAGCAGGAGUACCAUCCAGCGCAGCAGCAGUGAUUCCCGUUCCCUGUCCCUUCACCAUCUGAAGCUGAAAACAGGCCUCACACGCACCAUUUUGCCCGUAACCAGUGAUGCCGUACACCUGUGACCCACGCGCCUGUGAUUUUUAGCUAAGUCACCCGCUCCCAGUAGAGCACAGCAUAGAGGAGAAGAGCAGAGCAGAGCAGAGCAGCUGCCAGUGAAAUUCCGGACACUGCAUCCGCUUCGUAAUCCAACCCACCUCCAACACGCCCCUCCCACACUCCAGAAACGCCUGCAAACCACAUCAGAUACCUCCUCCGCUCUGCAGCAGAACAGAAUAGAAGAGCAUCUGGGAUUCGAGUUUCGAGCCUCCAUCACGUGACUCCUCAUUGGUUUCGUUCCACUCCCGCUACAUCCAUACAUACUCCGGGUUCCACUCCGCUCCCAAGUCCCAACUAUGAAGAACCAAGUCGUAGCAGUUCCUUGAUUCACCAGCUGACUCAUGCGCCAGUGCCUGAGUCUGCUGUGCUCUGUGGUGCUGAACCUUUUUUACACCAUCUGCGGUGCGGUCCUGAGCGGUCCUGUGCAGUACUGUGCGAUGAUCAAUCUCGUGUGAAGGUCUCCUGCCGAGCCGUGGGUGUUGAGAAGCCUCAGAGAUGUGCACUGGGGCUGUCUAUUGCCUGUCAUUGUUUUUGAGGCGCCUCAAAAGCACUCAGACUCCUCAAAGGCGCCUCAAAAGCACUGGGGCUGUCUACUGCCUGUCACUGUCCUGCGUGGCCUCUUCUCGACAAUGAUUCACUUAAGCAUACAGAUGCUGCUCCUGCUGCUCCUGCUGCUGUCUGUUGUCUGUGGCUGUGCUCUUGCUGCUCCUGCGUCUGCACAGCAGGCAGCUUGCUUUGGGACACAGUUACUGUAGAGGAGAGAGAGAGUGUAAGGGGUCUUUUGUCAGGGGUAGGGGACUGUUGGACUGAAGCCCUUGCAUGGUGGGAUGUUGGGGAUGUACCAAAGAGUGGGGGUUAUGGUAUGAGGCGAGGAUUUGAGAGGAAGGGGAAAGUGAGCUGAAGAACUGGAAAUGUAGGGUGGAUGAGACUCAGGUAAGUACCAGUAUAGGUAGAACCUGAAAUGAAUGGUGUGGUUUACUGAUGUGUGUGCUCUGCUGCACUCUACAGCACUUGCACUCUGGACUGGUACUGUACUAGCCUAGAAAUGCCAUGGACUGCCGGUAACUUGGAAGUGGUCUUACUGGUAUAAGGAUUCAGGAGGGCUUUUGGUGGUUGGAGUGUGGUGUGGAGUUAGACUGGAAUGAGAAGGCGGUGUGAUGGAGUGAUUCCGUUACCGUACAUGUUGCUAAGCGUGGGUGGGAGCCCCUCACCUGUGGGUUGACGUGUUCGGGUUACUGUAGGGGUGUUGCAUUGCAAGCAAGCAACCUUGAAUAGACUACUGUCUGACAUGGUGGGAA